AUGGCGAGCUUUACUGCCUUGAACAUCGAMCCCGCCGAGGACAUUCAGGAAGAGGUCGACGAUACCAAGGAGAUCCAAAUUGAAGAGGCCCUCAAGCUGUACCAGAACGCCCUCAAACUUCAUUCGCAAGGGCCUGCCUUCUACCCACAAGCCAAGGAUGCAUACGAUGCUCUCUUGCAAUCCGAAGUCUUUAAAUACCCCGAAUCGAUCUCUGAUUACCGACGAAAUACCCUCGCAGACGGAGACAAUGACGAGGUUGCUGUCGACGCGCUCGGCGAAAUCGACGUCAAUGAUGCGGCGGCAAGUGCGCUGCCUCAAACGAUAUUUCUUUCGUACAAAAAUAACGGACAGUUCCUGUUGGAUGUCUUGAAGGAGACCCUUCGCAAGCAACCUCCAUCUGUGGAUGAACAACGUGCGGCUAUCACGAAGGAAUCACGCUCUGCGAUGAGUAUGUUUGCGGAUGCCCUGGAACGAGAUGAUACAGAUUUGGACCUUUGGCGGAAAAGCGCUCGUAUAGGAGGCGCGAUGAAUAGCUACCGUCUGGCUCGGUAUUGUCUGGAGAGUGUUUUAGUUGGCGACGACAACGAGGUUGAAGUACGAACUGAACAACUAGGUUUGGAUGAGGCAUUCGCUGCUGAAGACCUCCGAAAAACGAUUCAAGCGUUGAAGGAUGAACUUUCUUCUAUCCAGGCACCGCCGCUGAAGAAACCACGGUCGUCAUUAUUUCGAUUUUUCGGCAAACACUCUCAGGAUCCCUAUCCGUACCUUCCUGGCUUGUCGCGAGAUAUAUCUGAUACAGCUCCUUCUACCCUGAAACAGCCAUUGAACCGUCAUAUUGUGAAAUCUCCUGAAAGGACAUGGGAUGCCGUUGGCAAAGCUAUCAUGCAGCUACUGACAGAGCUACGACGAAACCCGGCCGUUCUCGAGCCUGGCGCCGCUGUUGGGAUCGAAAUCCCCUCCGAAGAAGCAUUGCCACAAAGUCCAGGCGAAAAGAACCAGCCAGUGCCUGCGAACGAUGAUGUCACUGAGAAGACAACGGCAAUGCCUGAAGUUUCAAACACUAUCGAGCCAGUGGAUGACCAAUCUUCGAUUGAUCAACGUGCGGACGCACAGCUAAGAGAAUCCCUGGAGGGAUUUUCCGGACAGCCUGCCAAUGCUCAAGAUACGACAACGGAGGACAAGAACGGGGAGAACGUCGAAAGUACAUCAGCCAAUGUCAAUUCUCGAAAACGAUCUUCAACUUCCGUCGCCAAUGAUGAGAUGGCGGAUAACACAAGGACUAAAAGUCGUCGCAUUCGUGCUAGGGAGUCUAUUGUUGAGAGCUUGCAACCGACAGAGGAUAUCAGUCUUGAUAACAGAUAUUACGAUGAUCGUUUGGAAGAAUUUGCCCAUGCCGAUGAGUGGAUGUUCGGCACUGUUGGUGAUUUGCUGUCAAAGGCAGGCAUCGAAGCACUUGGAACGGUCGACGAUCUCAAGCAACAAAUGGCUCUUUCGAAUAGCCCCAAUUCUCAGCAAUCCAAGGAUAUAGAUUCGACCCUUGUUCAGGAUCUCCAAAAUGCUCUCAGAACCUGGAAUGAAGAGCGAGCUCGUUCCGCUAUGCAGGGAGACAGUUCCACAGCGUUACAGGACAGCCGUGGGAGGCAACGCUCGGGGCUUGCAAUUUUUCUUGAUCAUUCACGGAAGUCAACGCAAAAGGCCAGCAAAAGGAAAGCGCUGUUUGAAAGCACUGGCUUAGCUGAGUUUACGUCGAGUAUCAAUGACUGUUGGCUUCAUGUCCGUGAAGUUAGCUUUCAGUGGUUGAGCAGCCUUCUACAGCCUGGAAGAGCUCAGUUCUUCGAUGCAGUAUCUGGCGAGCUUUCAAAUGAAUCUUCUUAUGUUUCAUUACCGUGGCCUGAAAGUUUGAAGGAAACGGUUGUAAAGCUUCUCAUUCAAGAAGACGAUUAUAUUUACGAAAGACUGGCCGACGUCGUUUGUGGAAGCACGCAGCGAGCCUUAAAACAAGCAGUGUCGAACACUUCCCUGACUUGCGCCGAUGACGCUCACGCUAAAGUGGAUAUGAUACAGGCAAUCCACGAGCUUCACUUAGAUGUCUAUGCUCAUAUGAACAAUCCCAACAGUCAGAUCGAUCAAGCAACCCGAGCUUUACAACGUGAUCGCUUAACCAGAUGGGGUGCAUUGGCGCAGACUGCGGUUAACAAUCUCUUGGAUACCGAGCCAGAGAGCGAGCAACUUGAUAGGAUUUCUCUGCGACACCUCUGGUCAAUGACUUUUUAUUCAAACAUGGCUGAGGACGUAAGCCGUGAUUAUAUCAUGCUUUGUCUUGAAGAUCUCAAAGAGGCUCUGGUCUCAUUUGGUGACCCAGAGAUAACACUAAUCAACAAUGCAUUUAUGCCUCAAGUUUCUGCCGCAGCUUUGGAUCAGGAAAUUACCCGCCUCAACUCGAUGGGAUUUUUUAUGAGAAUUUUUGGGUCAGAAGGGGAAGAUCCGGUCUCUUUGAUAGAAAGCAUUGAACCUGUCCUAGACCCUGCUUCGGUCACAUAUGUUCGCGGAGAUGGCGCGAACGACGAGACUACAUCCGUUCCCAUUCACUUUCGAGAAUUGAUAUCAUUUCUCGAUAAAGGAGAUGCAACACUACGCCUUUUCUUAUGGCGCAGAUUGCAAGAUGCUUAUCGGGCUAUCGACUACAUUCCUAAGGUUGUGUCGUGCCAACUUCGGAGUAUCGAAGCAAUCGUCAAGGAGCUUCGGGGACGAGUCUAUCUCGAAACGCAAGAUGAUCGGGCCUCUAUAUUGCUUCGGUGGUUGAAAUCUACCAAUAAUAUUUUGACUAAGCUCAUACCACAGCUGAUUGAGGAUCCUGUGAAAUCAUUCGAGUGCAUUGACGUUGACCACUUACGCUCUUCAAUGACCGCUGUCGCUCAUCUAUCAAGACUUCUUCAUAGCUUCGCUCUGUAUGAAGACGCAGUCAAAGUAGGGCAACGGCCGCCAGUGGAACUUCGAGGAGCCCUAGGAAAAUCUCUCGAGAGUUUUAAAGAGAAGCUUCGGGAUAUGCAGGUUAGGUGUUGGGUCUUACAGUAUACGCUUCUGAAAGAAUUCAUGAUACAGGAAAAGGAGAAGUUUUCUACGCCAUCAGAUUAUCAAAUCCAGUAUCUCAGAGCCGUCCACAAUGCCCUUGGGAUCCGAUUAGCUUGCAAAUAUGCCGACAAGGUCUUGCUCCGUCUGAUGAAAUCGGAGCUUCUAAGUCUUGAGACACAAGAAGAUUGCGAGUUUGAUAUUGCACAGGUCCUUCUUGAUCUGCACGGUUUCAAAUUUUCCAAUCAGUUGGGCACUUCUGAUCAUGGGUGUCCAACAGAGAAGCCAAACGCGCAAUCUGCAGCAAUGAUGAUAGACUUUGUUCUCAUGCAAGUCAAUCGACUCAAUAUGAAGGAUCUGUCCAAGUCUGAUCUGAAAACCACCAUUGAAAAGGUGCAACAAGCUAUUGGGCCGGUCAAACAUUCCUCUUUAUCCUUCAACAAGCGAAUUAUAUCAGCCUACCUCAAAUCUCCUAUCAAUCCAUCGGAACUGUUUGAACUUGUACGAGGCGUUGGCGGUCUUGCAUUGAGAUCCUUACCUAUAACAUACGCUGAAAAUGCGAAGAAAGGGUGGUACUUCUUACUUGGUCAUGCGUCCUUGACCAAGUUUCGUUCUCAAAAGCGACUGAAUGUAGUACCCACCAAUGACCUCGACGAUGCCAUCGGAUAUUUUCGACAAGACCUGGAAUAUGCCACAGAACGAUGGGAGUCAUGGUUUAGACUCGCUCAAACUUACGAUACUAAACUUGAAGAGGACAUCAUAUGGUCUUCUGACAAGAUUAACAACAAUCAAGCGGAGUUAGCAACCCUCCAACGUAGCGCAAUUCAUUGCUAUGCCAUGGCAGUUGCAGGUGCAAUGAGAGCCGCCGAGGAUGACUCAAAGACACGGCAGACAAUCUCGGACUUGUUCACCGACUUUGGGAUGCGCUUAUAUGCAUCUUCGCGAGAACCUCUCAAUAUGGCCGCUUUCAGUCUCGAGGAUAUUGAACGCCAUUUCAGCCGUUUUGAAAGCCAGGAACUGUAUACGGGUAAACCGUUCAAGGAGCUCGGGGUUUACUCCGUCUGGAGUCUCGCUGGUCACAUGUUCAAGCGUGCUAUGGUUGACAAGCCUAAUAACUGGGUCAACCACUAUAUGCUGAGUAAAUGUCGUUGGAAGAUGUUCAACAGCGAUGAAGCAACUCGGGGGUCCGCUGGACCAGUGUCAAUUGAUGAGGUUCUAGAUCCUCUGCUUGAUGCAAUUGAAGCAUUGCCACAGCGGAAAGAAAGAGGUUCGUUCCCAGAUCGGAUACUUGAGCCACAUUUUAGGCUAGCGUCUGUACUUCACAAACUUGUGACGCGGAAGCAACUCGAGCCCACCAAAGCCGGAGAGAUUCUAGCCGAAACUCCUUGGUCUAAAAACACAUCGCCUCCGCAGAAUAUCGAAGAGUGGACACCAUAUAUACUGGAUGUUUUCAAGAAACUCAAGCAUGCAGACAAAUCUAACUGGCAUCAUCGUAUACUAUCACGCAUGGCAAAGAUCCACUAUCAUGGUCAGGAUGAUGCCGAUGCAGCGGCAGCAGCAAAGAAUGAAUUGAUGCCCCAGAUAUUCACCAAAACCAUGGUCCUCCAAGUCUGGCGCCCAGAAUAUGAAAGACCCGGACGACAUUACGUCUACACUACACAAUACGUCUCUUAUUUUACCAAGCUGUUGGACCAAAUCAGCGAUCAUGUCAAUCUCGAACAACUACUACGUAGGGUGAGGAAAAAGCAAGGGGACUAUAUCAAUCACUCGAAGCUAUGGGAGGAUAUGUGCAUUGUAUAUGCAAAGCUUAUUCGACGUGCGGGAAAUAUCUCCGAACACUAUGAAGAAGGCGUCUUCAAACAGCUAGGCUGGGAUGAGUUCGUCACAAACUCCGCUCGAUUGGACGACUUUAAAGAUCUUGCCACAACUAGUGGACGGACAAUGGACUUGCUUCGCGAGGCAGUGGAAUUCAAGAAACUCAACAACAAUCUCAUGAAAGUUACUAUGUUUGAGGACCUCACUGCUGAUAUAUAUGCGCGCUUGUAUGAGGAGAACAAGCAUCGAUUCAUUGAACAGGCAAAUGAAGAGAAUAGAGGGAGGAUGAAAGUCGACCACCUUUUGAUGAAUACCGAUGGUGCCGCGGAUGUGCCCACGCCCCCUACUUCGGCUCCUGCAUCUGAAGCGCCAGUUCCGCGUGGCCGAACAAAGGGCAUCUCCCGCAGAGAUAUUCAGAAACGAGCCGAAGCUAUUGUCAUGCGUCAUGCUCGGCCUGCAAUCACUAAGACCGCUGCUACUCCGGUCGAAGAAGAAAGAUUCCCAGCUGCCCCAAUAGUCCGAGUUCCCUCUAUAGGCAGUAUUAGGGGCCUUAUGACGGGAACUGCCUCUGCAGCACAGGAUAGUGUGCCAGCUAGUCUACAUGAGAGUGCCGACGAUGAAAGCGAACUCAGUGAGAUCGAUGACGAGAAACUCGCCAAGCUAAAAGCUGAACAAAGUCUUUUGUUCCCAAAUCUAAAAUCAAUGAGGUCACCGGAACCAGUCUCAGAACUUUCCACGGCAGUUAGCAUUGAUGCAGACAGGAAUGAGGAUGCCAUGACUGCUGACGACGAAGCCAAUGAACAUGAUGGUGAAGACGAUUUGGAAGGAGAAACGGGCAUUGUCGAAGAGGGUGAGGAUGGAGAAACGGAGUUACAAGCAGCUCCGGAAGAUGAUGAGGACACGGAGAACGCAGAUGAAGAAGAAGAUGUCGCAGGGGCCGAAGAUGUCGACAUGGACGUUGAGAAAUUUGAGGAGGCCGCGGAUGAAACAAUAAUGACUAUCGAUGAAGGUGACGAGACUGAGGAAGACGAGAGCAUGUUUAAGACCAACGGCAAAGGAAACGAAAACAUAGAUAGGAAAGAGAAAGAAAAGGAAGACGAGGAUAAACUUGCAGCAUUUAAUGAGGCGAAAACUUUUGGUGAUGUCGAAACCUCUAAGACAGGCCUGGGGGAGACUGAUGCCGAUGAAGUUGAUGAAUCUUGA